AUGGAUUUUGAAGAUAUUCCUUUUGAGGAAAUUUUACGGAAAGAAAAGAUGAUCACAGAAUCAUUGGAAAGAAGAAAAACUACUAAAUCAGAAAAAAAGAAUUCUAAUACGUCUGAUAAAUUACACAAUGAUUUUGAGAAAAACAACGAAAUUGAUAAAAGGCUUAAAAAAUACGGGAGGAUUGUUUCAAAGAAUUCUCCUAUGGAAGUUUCUUCUAGAAGACAAAUAUUACCGGAAAAGCUGGAAAACGAAAGAAACUACAUCAGAAAUAAACAUAAUGGUUCAAAAAAACAUAAUGAUCCCAGAUUCAAUGAUUCUUGUGGAAAACUAAACACUGAUUUAUUCCAAAAGUCAUACACUUUUUUAGAUGAUAUUAGGCAAGAAGAAUUUAACCAAAUAAAGAAUACCUUAGAUUUAUACAAAAUUAUGAACAAAUCAAAAGAACUUGGAACAUGGAGUAAAGUUAAAAAAUCAUCCAAAUUCAAAAACUCGGAUAUAAAUCAUUUUACUCAAGAUCAAAUUGACAAUCUCAAACUUAAAUAUCAAAAACUAAUUUCUGAAAAAGAUCAUAGAAAAAACCUCUUUCUUAGACAGCAAACAAUAUCACAACACAGAAAGCAAGAACAAGCAAAAAUUGAAUCGGGGAAAAAACCAUUUUUCCUUAAAAGAAAAGAUGUCAAUAUUUCUAUUCAACACGAUAAAUAUAAAGACCUUAAUAAAAAGCAAAUAUCAAUGCUUGAACAAAAAAUUAAUAAAAAGCAUGUUUCCAAGUUCAAACCACCAAACUCUAUUAGAAAAGUAUAA